AUGGCAGCCACGCUACCAAGAACCAGUCCCCCACCGGCCCGGCCCACGCCAGGUCGGCGCGCGCCGGAGCAGAGCUGGUCACCUCCCCCGCCCGCGGUGGUUAUAAGACACCUCUCAGCCCGCCCGCCUCCCUUCCUCUCUUCUCUCCUCUCCACCCACUCCCUCUGCUCCCCUCCCCUUCUCCCUGCUCCACCCUCGACCCGAUCUGCGCUCGCGCCCCGGCGGCGGGAACACGAACAAGAAGAAGAUCUGACGGAAAUUGACGAGAGGGACGGCGGCGCAAGGCGGCGGGGAAUGGACGCCCACGGGCCCGGACCCGGCGCCGCGGCCGGGGCCGCCAGCAAGCUGACCCGCACCCCGUCCUCGCUCCUCCGCUCCCCCACCGUCCGCAACUGCUCCUCCUUCCACGCCGUCCUGCUCGAGGACGACCCCGAGCCCGACCACAAAAAGUCCCAAGCCGUGGCGGCGCAAGCCAAGGCCCUCAACCACCAGCACGGCCUCCGCCCCGCCGCCGCGGCCCACCCGCUCAUCCUCCUGACCCUUCCCAUCGCCCUCCUCCUCCUCCUCCUAACCCUCCUCCUCCGCGACCACCGCCACCUCCUCCUCUUCGCCGCCGGCGCCGCGCUCGCCGCGGCCGCCGCCGCCGCGCGCCUCCGCCGCAUCCGCCGCGGGACCUCCCCCUCCGGCUCCGUGCACUGGUUCAUCGGCGACGACGACGACUCCCCCUCCGCCACCAACCCCCACCACGCCCGCGGCGGCCCCGCCCACGUCAUCCGCGAGGGCGUCGAGUUCUACAGCAACGGGGACUGCUACGAGGGGGAGUUCCACAAGGGCCGCUGCAACGGCGCGGGGGUCUACAACUUCUUCGGCAAGGGCAAGUACGAGGGCGACUGGGUCGACGGCAAGUACGACGGCUACGGGAUCGAGUCCUGGGCGCGCGGCAGCCGCUACCGGGGGCAGUACCGCCAGGGCCUGCGCCACGGCCACGGGGUCUACCGCUUCUACAGCGGGGACUGCUACGCGGGCGAGUGGGCCGGAGGGCAGAGCCACGGCAUCGGGGCGCAGACAUGCUCCGACGGCAGCUCCUACGUCGGCGAGUUCAAGUGCGGGGUCAAGCACGGACUCGGCACCUACCAUUUCAGAAACGGCGACCGCUACUCCGGGGAGUACUUCGGGGACAAGAUCCACGGCUUCGGCGUCUACAGCUUCGCCAACGGCCACUGCUACGCCGGCUCAUGGCACGAGGGCAAGAAGCAGGGGCUCGGGAUGUACACCUUCCGCAACGGCGACAAGCGGUCGGGGGACUGGGAUUUCGGGACCCUAAAGAGCCCCAUGCCUCCCACCGAUCCUUCUGUCGAGCGCGCCGUGCAGGCUGCGCAGCGGGCCUCCGAGAACGCAUUUCACCUGCCGAGAGUGGACGAGCAGGUGCACAAGGUGGUCAUGGCCGCGAACCGUGCGGCCACGGCGGCACGGGUGGCGGCGAUCAAGGCGGUCCAGAACAGGAUGGACGGCAAGUUCUGCGACACCUACGUCUGAUGAACCUUGCUUCUGUGUUGUGUUCAAGAAACCAUGCCACCCGUUUCUUCUAACUGUACAUUAGGGUAGCCAAUAACUAAUCGGCGAGUGAGUUUCAGAACGAAGACAACCGACCGGGGCGGCACAACCGCUCGCUCCGAGUCAGAGAGAGAUCAGAUCAGCAACAAACGGGAGAGACUCCGAGGAGCGGAAGCUGUGACUGUUUUGCGUUUCAAAAAACAGCUCACAUUCCGCGAUAUCGCGAUCGCGAUCGGCGGUGGUCCCUUUCCCCACUCUUCUUCCU